CACUUCCUGUCAAACAGUUGUCAAAGUAUUUAUUAUUCAUGUCAGAUUUUUCAUUAUAGUUUUUUUCCAUUAAUUCAUUAUUGUACCAUCUGAAAACAAUUUAUUUUUUACUUAUUAUUUAAGGCCAACAAAAAACUCUACGUAUUAGUUUUAAAUUAACUUGGAUCGUGCAACUGGUAGUUUGCAUCAGCAGGGGCUAAAAUGGCAGCAGAAAUUAAACCCACAGAAACGAACAAUAGAUUUUGUGUAACGAAAAAACCGGCCUUGUUAUCCAAACUAGAUGGGUGCAGCGACGAAAUUAAUGCUGCCCUUCUUAUACCUGGAGAAGAUGGUGUUAUUAGUGUCUCAGAUGAUAAAACAGUCAGAGUAUGGCUGAAAAGAGAUUCUGGACAGUUUUGGCCAAGUAUUUGCCAGUACAUGCCCAGCGGGGCCACCUCUGUACACUAUACCAAAGAAACAAGACAACUCUUUAUAGGUCAAGAAAAUGGGACAGUAUCAGAGUUUUCUCUUGCAGCAGAUUUCAACAGGAUGAUGCCCAUAAGAGAAUAUCUUGCCCAUCAGGCCAGAGUCACUCAGAUGAUAUUCGCCCUUAACUGUGAGUGGGUGCUGAGUGUUAGCCGAGACAAGAUGUUCUCUUAUAACUGCACCCAGACUGGACGGAACAUUGGUACCUUUAGUGCUGAGGCUUGGUGUACCUGUUUAGAAUUUGAUGUGCCAUCCAGACAUGCUUUUAUAGGUGAUUAUUCAGGACAAAUCACCAUGUUAAAACUGGACAAUAAUGGGCCUACCUUUAUAACAACCCUUAAGGCCCAUACCGGGUCAAUUAGGUCACUAACUUGGGACAUAUCCAGGCAAAUGCUUUUUAGUGGUUCUUUUGAUCAUUCAAUUAUUGUGUGGGAUAUUGGGGGACAGCAAGGCAAUGCCUAUGAGUUGCAGGGACAUCACAAUAAGGUUUCAGCCCUUUAUUACUCUGAUUCGACCAAACAACUUUUGAGUGGUGGAGAAGAUGGAGUGAUUGUUGUAUGGGACAUGAAAAGUCCCAGACAGGAGACACCUGAGUGGGUCGAGUCUGGGGUGUGUCAGCUUUGUAAUAAACCAUUUUUCUGGAAUAUAAGAGCUAUGAUGGACCAACGACAAAUCGGCUUAAGACAACACCACUGCCGCCAUUGCGGCAAAGCAGUAUGUGAAAAAUGCUCUUUAAAUAGAAUCACCAUUCCGGUGAUGGGUUUCGAGUUUGCGGUCAGGGUUUGUGAACCAUGCCACAAUAUUCUUAAAGAAAGAGAGAGGCCCUCCUUGGCCACUUUCCACGACGCAAAGCACACCAUAACAUCGAUGGAUGUGGACGAAACAUCGAAAAAGCUGAUUACAGUAGGCCAGGAUAGGAUCAUUAAAAUAUGGGAUAUUUCCUCUCUGCUUUAAUUUUAAAUAAAAAAAUAAAAUCAAUAAAUAUAGCUUUAUAUCA